AUGACUGAAGAGAUUGCCCAUUGCACAAAAGUGCUGGAAAAAUACACAAUAUUCUGCGCUGAGCUCAUGGAGAAUAUGACGGUUCCUAAUGAUAGGAACGAAGCUGAAGAAUUUGAAAAGUAUCGGGUGAAUGCUGUGGAAACGUUGAAGGAAAUUAAUGUAUUGGCACGACGUCAGACAAAUUGUUUUAAUUCGUUGAUGAAGACGGAAAUAAGAAAUGAGUUAACGCCGGAGAUUAUCGAUGAAAAGUGGAAGGAGAAGCUGGAGGAAUGCCAAGAUCAUGAUAGUUCGAGGGCUGCGGCUUUCGAUUUGAUUGUUAAUAAUAUUCGAUCACAGCGCGAAGAGGAGAUGGAGGUCAUGCAAAUGCAGUAUAGCCGGAAAGAUCCAAUUUCGAAGAAGGAUAUUGUGACGCCGGUUAGAACCAAGAGAUGUCCUCAUGUGUACGACUUGGAAUCAAUAACGGAAUUUGCAAAGAAAAAAUCGACUCUGAAAUGCGCAGUUCAAGGAUGUAGUGCAAAAUUAGUGAUUUCAGAGCUUGAAGAAUGGCCGGAAUUCUUUAAACAUUGUAAAGAUUAG